GCAGUGGCGCGGGGAGGAGCAGGGACCUGGCAGCGGGCUGGGAAGCUGCAAGCUAGCCGCGAACCGGGCGGGCGGCGGGCGCGCGCACCAUGGGGGAGAAACCCGGGACCAGGGUCUUCAAGAAGUCGAGUCCGAACUGCAAGCUCACAGUGUACUUGGGCAAGCGGGACUUUGUAGACCACCUGGACAAAGUGGAUCCUGUAGAUGGCGUGGUGCUUGUGGACCCUGACUACCUGAAGGACCGCAAAGUGUUUGUGACCCUCACCUGCGCCUUUCGCUAUGGCCGUGAAGACCUGGAUGUGCUGGGCUUGUCCUUCCGCAAAGACCUGUUCAUCGCCACCUAUCAGGCCUUCCCCCCAAUGCCUAACCCACCCCGGCCCCCUACCCGCCUGCAGGACCGGCUGCUGAGGAAGCUGGGCCAGCAUGCCCACCCCUUUUUUUUCACAAUACCCCAGAAUCUGCCCUGCUCUGUCACAUUGCAGCCAGGCCCAGAGGAUACAGGGAAGGCCUGCGGGGUAGACUUUGAGAUACGAGCCUUCUGUGCCAAAUCACUAGAAGAGAAAAGCCACAAAAGGAACUCUGUGCGUCUGGUGAUCCGAAAGGUGCAGUUUGCCCCAGAGAAGCCCGGCCCCCAGCCUUCAGCUGAAACUACACGCAACUUCCUCAUGUCUGACCGGUCCCUGCACCUUGAGGCUUCCCUGGAUAAGGAGCUGUACUACCACGGGGAGCCUCUCAAUGUCAAUGUCCAUGUCACCAACAACUCCACCAAGACCGUCAAGAAGAUCAGAGUCUCUGUGAGACAGUAUGCCGACAUCUGCCUCUUCAGCACUGCCCAGUACAAGUGUCCUGUGGCUCAGAUCGAACAAGACGACCAGGUAUCUCCCAGCUCCACGUUCUGUAAGGUGUACACCAUCACCCCACUGCUCAGCGACAACCGGGAGAAGCGCGGUCUUGCCCUGGAUGGGAAGCUCAAGCACGAGGACACCAACCUGGCUUCCAGCACCAUUGUGAAAGAGGGUGCCAACAAGGAGGUGCUGGGAAUCCUGGUGUCCUACAGGGUCAAGGUGAAGCUGGUGGUGUCUCGUGGCGGGGAUGUCUCCGUGGAGCUGCCUUUUGUUCUUAUGCACCCCAAGCCCCAUGACCAUGUCGCCCUCCCCAGGCCGCAGUCAGCUGCUCCUGAAACAGAUGCCCCUGUGGAUACCAACCUUAUUGAAUUUGAUACCAACUAUGUCACAGAUGACGACAUCGUGUUUGAGGACUUUGCCCGACUUCGGCUGAAGGGGAUGAAGGAUGAGGAAUACGAUGACCAAUUCUGCUAGGAAGGGGGGCUGGAAGAGGGAGGAGUGGAUGGUGCUGGGAGAGGUAGGGGCAGGACCAAGACCCCACUGUUGUUGUGGGGAGGGUCCCAGCCUCUCUUCCCUUCUCCUCCAUCCAGUGGCUUCCUCAGCCAAUCUCUUCCCUCCCCCCACCUCUCCCAGUCCCCCUAGAUACGCACUGGAUCCAUCUCUUGCUGAACAUGGGCAUUAGUUUUUUGAAAGCAGCUGUGCUUCCCCAACCCCUCCCCCUAUGGGUGGCAAGCUGUGUUCACACCUAAAUUUUUGGAGAGGGAUACUGAAAAGAGGAGUGAUAGAGGGAAAAUGGGAGAAAAUUCCCACCUCAGCCUCAUACCUACACCCCUUCCUGUCACUCUGCCUCCCAUUCGUUUGAGAUGAGACCCUUUGGGGGAGGGGAGGGGUGAAAGCCACUCUCUGUUUCUGAGCAUAAAGAAGAAAAUAAACCUUUUACUGAG